ACUGGUUCUUCCAGAAGUUUCUGGGCGGGCGGAAGCCUGAGACUCAGGCAAGCCCCUCCCCGCUGCCUCAGGCAAUUUAUUCUCCGCUGGGGCGGGCACUGCUGAGGACCUGCUAGGGACCUUGGGCGUCAUGGAUCCCCCGCAGCUGCUCUUCUUCGUGAAUGGCCGCAAGGUGGUAGAAAAACAUGUGGAUCCCGAAAUGAUGCUGCUACCAUACCUGAGGAAGAACCUCCGACUCACGGGGACAAAGUACGGCUGCGGAGGAGGAGGCUGUGGGGCCUGCACAGUGAUGGUGUCACGAUACAACCCCAGCACCAAGACGAUCAGGCAUCAUCCAGUCAAUGCCUGUCUGACCCCCAUCUGCUCUCUGCACGGAGCGGCAGUCACCACGGUGGAAGGCAUAGGCAGCAGCACCACCAGACUUCAUCCUGUCCAGGAGAGGAUUGCCAAGUGUCAUGGCACCCAGUGUGGAUUCUGUACCCCUGGGAUGGUGAUGUCCAUGUACACACUGCUCAGGAACCAUCCAGAACCCACUCUGGACCAGCUCACAGAUGCCCUUGGUGAACAACUUCAAUCAACUGAAACUUCCCUCUCUGUCUCUUUCUUCUUCCUCCUUUUGUUUUUCCUCUGUCAAAAACUGAGAGCUGCCAGAGAAAUCUGUGCCGCUGCACUGGAUACAGGCCCAUCAUCGAUGCAUGCAAGACUUUCUGUAAAGCUUCUGGCUGCUGUCAAAGUAAAGAAAAUGGGGUGUGCUGUUCGGAUCGAGGAAUAAAUGGAUUGGCAGAAUUUCAGGAAGGUGAU